AACGAAUUGACUCAAAUGAAUUUUAGUGAGCAGUAUAUUAAAAAUGAUGGCCUGCAACGGGAAAAUGCCGAGAAUAUCUCUAAUACAUAUAUACAAAGAAUGGUUUGGAAAUCUAAUGAAAUAGUCUUAGACUUAGGAUGUGGGCCAGGGGAUGUAACCUCAGAUAUUCUUUAUCCUUUAUUAAUGAAUAAUAUUGAUCAUUUGAUUGGUGUUGAUAAAUCAGUAGAAAUGGUAGAAUAUGCUAAAAAAACAUAUGAACGCUCUAAGAUGGGUUUCGAAGUUUUGGAUAUUGAAAAUACCAACGACUGCUCUUUUUAUUCACACAAAUUUAACAAAAUAUUUUCAUUUUUUUGUUUACAUCGAGUUAGUAAUAAAGCUGAUUCCUUAAGUAAUAUGCAUUUAAUGUUGAAAAGUGGUGGGGAAAUGUUGAUUAACUUUUUGUUAAUCGAUCCAUUGGUUGAAUUGUAUACAUGUAUGGACAUAGAAUGGCAAAAAUAUAUUAAAGAUAUAAAACAAUCGUUAAAUAAUUCACAAGAUGAAAUUAGAGACAUUUUUAUCAAGGCCGGAUUUCGGAUUAUUAAUUUAGAAUCAAGUGUCAAAAAAUAUACAUUUUCAGACCUAUCAUCAUAUUUAAAUACCAUUAAAUCAGUUGACUAUGUGUACACUUUAUUGCCACGACACUUAUAUGACAGAUACUUCGUGCAUAUUAAAGAAAAAAUAUGUGAAACACAAGCAUUGGAAAUAUGUCCAAUUACAGGAAGAGCAACUUUAUCAUAUACUCCUAUUACUGUACAUGCAAUUAAAGAUUAAACUUUUAUACUGGGAUAUUAAAUAUUGUAAUACUUGUGGUUACUUUAUAA